AUGAGCAAAGACGAAGAGGAGAUGAUAGGGAUGGAUAUUGAGACGAUGGGAAAGCUGAGAGAAAUAUGCAGUUGUGUUUGUCGGGAAUGCAUCUAUGGAAAGAUAGCACAAGGAGAUUUCAAAUGUUGUCCAAUCUGCUAUAAUGAUGUUGGUCCCAAUCCUGCCAGUAAACUUAGACUCGCCCACGGUUGGGACAAAAUAAAAGAUCUAUACUUCAAAGAACAAGAAAAUGAGGAGAUGGAACAAGAAUCUACUGAAGGUUUGGAGACGAAAUCUUCGGUUCCAUCCUCCACAGAUAUGGAAGAUGUGAAGCCAUUGGUACCAAUCAAAGCUGAAGAAGAUGAUAAGAUUGAGUUACCAUCUGUCUCUCAAAAUGGUGUAGUUGCUGGCAUUGCAGUAAAAUUGGAAAGAGAUAAUGAUCUAAUGACUGUUGGACCAGUUGCAACUUCUUCCGGGGUUAAAAGGAAAGCAAUUGCUCCGGUGAUCAAAGACGAGACACAAGGCUAG